ACGCACCAAAAAUAUGUGUGCUCAAGCGAUCGCUUGCGCUCGCUGCCAUUCCUAUAAAACACUACGACCACAACAGCGACUCGUUCAUUUGUCUGGUAGUCGGCAUAGACAUAAGAUCGCUAAUAAAGCCAAUUGUGAGAGCGCCACAUUUCGCUUUCAAUCACCACGUUCGACCGGAGUGUGUUCGUUUGUUGUUCAAGUAACUUGGACUUGGAUUUAUUUUGUGCGAAUUAAUUUAUUUUUCUUCUACAAUUGUGCAUUGGAAAAAUAUAGGCCAUAUACAUAUAUCGCGUGUGUUUUCAAUUACAAUUACAUAAUACGAGGAAUAAACCAAUAAUCCAUAUUACACGCAAUCCCAAAAAAUUAUUAUCGAUAAACAUAAGAACGCAUUUUUAUGCACAACUAAUGAACUGAUACAACAACAGAAAUAAAAUAAUUGAAAAAAAAAAUCGUUGUGGUGCUUUGAUUUUGUUAACGUGAAAAAUAGACAAAAAAAAACAAAUUCAGGUGCAUAUCGCAGUUCCAGUGGAACGAAGCAAAGAAAUAGGUCAAACACCAUGAAGCUAUCAGUGUCGAAUAUAUUCCGCUUUGUGGCCAUCAUUGGAACACUGUGUCUCGUGCAAUCGUCACCGGUCAAAGUGAGUCGACCGCAAGCGAUUACCGCAGCCAAUUUGACACAGGAACAGGUUGAUACGAUAAUUCAAGUGAGUCCAUCGAGAGCGUCGAUUUUACAGCAAAGCGAUCAAUUCUUACCGCCAUCGAUUCCAUUGUACUUACCGGAUCCCGAACGAAACAAGAGCAAAGAUGAUUUCUAUUUGCUGACUGCAUAUCCACGUGACGAUGAGAAAUCGGACGAUACACCGGUAAAGGUUCCAUUAUCAUUGGAUUCAUAUGUCCGACCACCGCCGUUACCGAGCCUCGACUCCAGCCCAAUCAAUUUCCAAGUGGAACAAGCGGAAAAAGAGAAAUCAUCGUAUUCGUACAACAAUCGAUAUGAUUACUAUUUCCCUGUUAAAGUUGUGUACGACGACAAUCAAAAGUAUGCGGAAAAAGAAUUGCAAUUGAUGGAAAUGCAGCCACCAUCAUUUCAAAGUGAUGAACCAAAUUACUAUGAAAUCAAACCGAAGAAAGUGCCGAAAAAAUACCAACCGAAUAAAAAAGAUGUGAACCAUAGCAAAUCGUAUGGACGUGACGACGAAAACGGUGAUCGCCUCGUUCCAAUUGAUAACGACGGUUUGGUUUUGGACAAUGAGCACACUCCGUUUGUUACAUCACAACCGGUUGAACGUUUCGCACCAGCACCAUCGUAUCGUGAUUUGACCGAUGACGAUUUGAAUACGGGCGAAUACAUUCCGAAAUAUAAGCAGGAGCAAAAUACGGAAGCCAUUCAAGUGAACAUUGGAUCGAGCACCAUUGCAGCGGCCGGAUCGGGAAAAAUCGUACAAACACUACCACAUCAUGAAUCAGGUGAAUCAAAAUCGAAUGAACAUGAGCAUGAGAAUGACAGUCGAUCGAAUGGAGCGGGUGACGAUGAUGGUGAAAAUAAUAACGAUGAUGAUAAUGAUGAUGAUCAGGGUAGUGAUAGUGGAACGGGUGGAACGGGUGAAACUAGCGAAACGGGUAAACGUGUUGAAUUUCAAAUGCAUGGCUUCAAAGGACCAAAUAGCUAUAAAUUCGGUUAUGAUACGGGUCUUGGAACACGAGACACUUUUUCGUUGCAAUUCGAUUAGCAGCACAAUUUUACAACACCGAAUUCUGCAAUUCACUCCGUUUAUCCCCACCUGCACUGAUCAUUCUGCUGGUUGAUCCGCAAAUGUUUCUUUUUGUUUUCUAUUUAAUUUUUUCGUUGAAUUUUUUUUUUGUUGAUUUCAUUUUUUUCAAAAAAAACAUCAGAAAAUAAUGCAAAUGUUUUUUCGUUUCAUUUCAACUGGCACAUUUGCAGCAAGGAACGUCAAUUUCGGGUUGAACAGCGCGAAACUGACGGCAGUGUAAAAGGUGAAUAUGGUUACAUCGAUGAAAAUGGCAAGAUGCAUCUAACCAAAUACAGUGCAUCGGAAGCGGAAGGCUUUAAAGCCGAACAAGUACCUACAUAAUAUGCGAUCACACAUACACACAUUCACUGUGGUUUUUUCACACAGCAAAUUAGCAGCAAACCAAUUGUGAACAGAACAGAAACAAACAAACAAAUAAAACCAAUCACCAGUUUUAGAGCAACACUUUUUUUUGUAACAAAAUAGUAACGAAUUUUAGACAAUUGUACGCGCUUUAGUUUAUUUUUAAUUAUUAUUAAUAUAAUAUGUUUCUUAUGUUUUAGCUUAAUGACAAUAAAAAAAGAUGAAAAAUUCCAAA